AUGUAUAAAUCUGAGGAUAUUAUUUUCCCUCCUUCUUUUAUCAGAUCUGUCAUCGACAAAACUGCUGAGUUCGUUGCAAAGAAUGGAGAACAGUUCGUAUCCAAACUUCGCCUCGAUCAAUCUAACGCUUCUCUAAAUGAUAAUAUUAAAUUUACAUUUUUGGACCCUGGAAAUGCCUAUCAUUUAUAUUACAAACUAAAAUUAUCCGAACUUCAGGGAAAUAAAGUUCCCGAUCUUAAUCCUUCAAUUCCACAAGCAAUCUUGGAUAAAAGAGAAAAAUUAGAAUUGAAAACUAAACAUAAAGAAAGACUACUGGCACUAUCGGAUUUUAGGCAUUCAUCAGAAUCUCUACAGAAGCCAGAAGAUGACGUAUUCUCAUUUACAAUGCCAUUUAUAUCAGCACUCGACUUUGAAGUUAUAAAGAACACAGCAUUGUUUGUUGCUAGAAAUGGGCACAAAUUCCUUGUCGACCUAAAUAAAAGAGAAAAAAACAACCCACAAUACGAUUUUCUGAACCCAUCACACUACCUAUUCACAUUUUUUAGUAACCUAACAGACUCGUACACAAAAUGCUUGCUGCCGCCAAGAUCACAAAUAGAUAAACUGAACCAAAUAAGUAAAAACAAACUAUUUUAUCUACAACUGUGCCAAAAAAGAGCUGAUUGGGAUGCAAAUGAAGCAGAAAAACUUGAAUCGGAACAAAUGAAAAGACAAGAGGAAAAGUUGGAGAUGAUGUCACUGGAUUGGUAUUCGUUUUUUAUCGCGGAAACAAUAAAAUUCAAUGAGAAUGAUGAUGAUUUGCCACCACCUAUUGACUUUUCAGACCCAGAAGCAUUAUUAAGAUUUUCAUAUAAUUCACUUUUUGGCACAAAAACUGAUGUACCAGUUCAAGAAACUAACCUGGUAAAGGAUCUUGAGGAAAUUGAAAAUAAAAUUGAUAUUUCGGAGCAGCUGGUUAAUUCACAAGUAUUGUCGGAAACUGAAGAAAAUCAGACAAAGACAGAGCCGGAUGACUCAACACAACCAUCAAAGUUUUCAGACCCUCCUUCAAAUGUGCCUCCAAGAGAAAAUACCCUGAUUGUUCAGGAAGGAGAUGAAACUAUCAAGGUUAAGAAGUCGUAUUCCAGGAGAAGGAAACAGUCUGGAACAAUUAUGCAAAAAUGUCCCAUAACAGGACAACUUGUACCGUCAUCAGAGAUGUCUGAACACUUGAGAAUCGUGCUUCUGGAUCCCAAAUGGAAAGAACAGAAGGACAAAUUCAUGCAGAAGGCCAUGGCGGAAUCCGCUCUGGCGCCAGAAGAGGACGUUGGAAGCAAUCUGCUAAAGUUCGUAUCUAGCAGACCGGAUUUAUUUGGUUCCGCAGACGAGGAGGUCAAUGACCACAAGGAAUCAAACCACUAUUCUAAAGGUAACAUGAAAUACGUAGCAUGUGAUAUAGACACGAAGCGUAAGAAAUUAUAA